AUGCUUCCUCUAACCUUAAAUCGCCUCCUCUCUUCCACUCUCGGUAAACCCAGACUUCUCUUCUCUGCACGCCCAUCUCUAUCUACUCUUCAAAUCAUCGACCCGUCACUCUAUUGCCGCUCAUUCUCCGAAAACCCUCAAUCCCAACGGUCCGAAAUCCCUCAAUCCCAGCCGCCCGAAAUCCCAUUCUCCAGAACCCGAACGCGAACCCCACUCGAAACUGAAUUUGAAACAUGGACCCAAAACCUCAAACCCGGGUUCACUCCAACCGACGUUGAUAAGGCCAUGCGGGCCCAGUCCGACCCGGAUCUCUCUCUUGACAUCUUUCGUUGGACUGCGCAGCAACGCAAUUACAAGCACAACCACCUCACCUACUUCACUGUGAUCAGAAUCCUGAUCAACGGCAGGCGAUACCGUCAGGCAGAGACUCUAAUUGAAGAGAUAAUUGCUGGUGCUUGCGAGAUUAGUGUCCCUCUCUAUAAUUUAGUGAUUCGUUUCUGUUGCGGCCGUAAGUUCUUGUUUAAUCGUGCUUUCGAUGUCUAUAAGAAAAUGUUGAAAUCGGAGGAUUGUAAGCCCACUUUGGAGACUUACACGUUGUUGUUUAAUUCACUACUUAGGAGAUUUAAUAAAUUGAAUGUUUGUUAUGUGUAUUUGCAUGCGGUUAAGUCCUUGACGAAGCAAAUGAAAGCGUCAGGAGUGAUACCGGAUACUUUCGUUUUGAAUAUGAUUAUUAAAGCUUAUGCUAAGUGUCUAGAAGUUGAUGAGGCCAUCAGGGUUUUUCGCGAAAUGGGGUUGUAUGGAUGCGAGGCAAAUGCCUAUAGUUAUGGUUAUUUAGUAAAGGGGUUGUGUGAAAAGGAGAGAAGUGGGGAGGGUUUAGGGUUUUAUAUAGAAAUGAAGGGUAAAGGGCUGGUGCCCAGUGCGAGUACUUUUAUGAUUUUGAGCUGUAGUCUUGGGAUGGAGCAGAGGUUUGAGGAUGCGAUUGGGGUUGUGUUUGACAUGUUGGGGAAUUCUCUGUCACCCGAUUUGUUGACUUAUAAGACUGUGCUGGAAGGGUUGUGUAGGGAGGGGAUGGUUGAUAAGGCUUUUGAGUUGCUCGAGGAGUGGAGGAAGAGGGAUGGAUUGAUGGGUGAAAAGACCUAUAAGAGUUUGUUUAGUGGAUUGCAUUUUGCAAGUCAGAAAUAG